GCCGCGGCACGGCCCUCGUCAACUUUUUGGAGCUCCGUCGCAUCACCUCGUUCACACCUCGCACCUCCUCGCACCGCCCACGCGAUGCCGCCGCCCAAGUCCAAGAAGCUCACCGCGCAACCCGUGCGCACGCGCCAGUUCGCCGGCAAGCCCGGCGCCGUCGUCGAAGAGCCGUCGAGCUCGGAAGAGUCCGAGUCGGAGGAGGAGCAGCGCAAGCCGAAGCCGUUCGCGAAGCCCAAGCCCGCGCCCAUUGCCUCGUCGUUCCCCAAGAGCGCGCUGAAGCCGCGCAAGCCCGCCGCGCUCCAGAAACCGGAUGUGAACGAGGACGACUUCGAGACGGAGAGCGAGGAUGAGGACGACGCUGCCCCGGACGCCGCCAGCGAGGAGAGCUCGAGCGAGGAGGAGUCCAGCGAGGAAGACGAGUCCAGCGAAGACGAAGCGCCGCGCAAACUCCUCCGCCCCGUCUUCAUCAAGAAAAACGCCCGCGCCACCGCCCCCGCACACACCCCCGACCAGCUCGCCGCCGCCGACGCCGCCCGCCGCGAGGAAGCCACCCGCGCGCUGGUGCAGCAGCAAGUCGAAGCCCGCCUCGCCGAGCGCGCCGCCGCGAAGCGCGACUGGGACGACGACAUCGAGGAAACCGACCUCAACGCCAUCGACGACACCGACCGCACCGACCCGGCCGCCGAAUACCUCGCCUGGAAGCUGCGCGAACUCACGCGCAUCAAGCGCGCCCGCGCCGCCAUCGAGGCCGCCGAGGCCGCCCUCGCCGAGCUCGAGCGCCGCCGCAACCUAUCCGCCGCCGACCGCGCCGCCGAAGACGCCGCGCACAUAGCUGCACAAGAAGGCGAGCGCGAGAACCGCCCCAAGGCCCAGUUCAUGCAGAAGUACUACCACAAGGGCGCCUUCUUCGCCGAGGAGCUCGCGGAGUUGGGGUUGGAUAAGCGGGAUUUGGUCGGCGCGCGCUUCGAGGACCAGACGGACCGCAGUGCGCUGCCCGAGUACAUGCAGAUCCGCGACCUGACCAAGCUGGGCAAGAAGGGCGGGACGCGGUACCGCGACAUGCGCGCCGAGGACACAGGCAGGUGGGGGGAGUUCGGGGACGAGCGGCGCGGUGGGGGCAGGGGCAGGGAGGAGUGGGGGCUCGAUGAGCGGUUUCGCGGGGAUGGGGGGAGGGAUAGGAAUGCGGAGGGCCCGAGUGGGGCGAAUGCUGGGCCGUUGGGUGAGAGGAAGAGGGGCGGCGAGGAGCGCGAGGGCGGCGGUAAGAGGCCGAGGGUGUGA